UCCACACACUUUUUUUUUACUGAUCAUGUUCCUUCUUCCGCAGGUCCAAAGAUGGAUCUUUUCAUUUCACAUCACUAACGCGCAAUGAAGCAGCUCAUUUCCUUUCAAUCUGGUUGAGAGAUGUUGACUGGGGUCCAAGUUUGUCUUUGCCUCAGCUUGACGGGACGUCAAAAUCUGUGAUGAUUCCAUGUGCGAAUGCUCCGUGGAAUCCCUCUUCUUCUCAUGCCCCAGGCCAGACGUUUUCUCACUCUCUCUCUCUCUCUCUCACCCUCUUUCUGGAUCCAGAUAAAGUUCUGGAGACAACACUUUGGGAACUUAUCAGGUGGAGGAAGGUUUCCCAAGCUUCCAGCAGACAGAGUGGGAGGAAAAGCGGAUGUUGAACAUGUCCCACUGAGAGAAGGAGGAAAAAUACCACAAAAAAAGGAUUUCUUUUGGAGUCACCUGCCAGUGUACAAACUUUUCCCCCCCUCAUCUUAUGCCUUAGCACUUCUCCCUCCCUCUCUUCAUUUUUCACAGGCGGAGGCGUCCAUGGACCCUCUGGCUCCGCCACUUCCCUCAGUGACUUGGAAAGCUGGGAGAACUUUGUGAACUCUCCCGUCUCCGAGCGGAGAGGAAAAGACGGGAGGUGGGGUGGGGGGGAGUAUUGGAUGGGACGCGGCGUGGCGGAAGACAACGGCAGCAGUAGCAGGCUAGUAGGAAACACCACCAGGACCCUUCACUGGAGAUUACCCCCUCACCCCUCCCUGCCUGGGUGGUGUCAUGACAUAUCAGCGCCCCAGCCUCCUCUUCCCCCUGGCUCUGCUGGGACUCCUGGUCGUGCUGGCCAACCUCAGCCGUGGCAUGGCCAGUGAUGACGAGGACUACUACAUGCAGGAGCUGCUGUCCAGGGAACAGUACGCCCGGGUCCAGAUGCCCGAGAAGCCUGGGGCCCCUGUGACUGACGUGCAUGAGCAGCCCAGACAGUACCCUGGGAAGAAGACAGCCAAAGGGAAGCCAGACAAAUCCUCCAGCAAAAAAGCAGACAGCAACAAGAAGGGCAACCAGAAAAGUCCAAAUGGAAGCUCCGAAGGAGAUGUACAGCAGAAAGGCUACAAAGAUGAAUGUCCUCCGAUGGGACUGGAGACGCUGAAGAUUGAUGACUUCCAGCUCCACGCUUCAACGACCAAACGUUACGGCCUCGGAGCGCACAGAGGCCGACUCAACAUUCAGGCCGGCCUCUAUGAGGACGACCUCUACGACGGAGCCUGGUGCGCCGGGAGGGACGACCCGCUGCAGUGGUUGGAGGUGGAUGCCAGGAGGCUGACCAAGUUCACGGGGGUCAUCACACAAGGCCGCAGCUCCCUCUGGUCGAGCGACUGGGUGACCUCGUACAAGGUGAUGGUGAGCAACGACAGUCACAGUUGGGUUAUGGUGAAGAACGGCUCCGAGGACAUGAUCUUCAGGGGUAACCGGGAAAAGGAGAUCCCAGUGCGCAACAUUUUCCCCACUCCUUUGGUGGCCCGCUACAUCCGAGUCAACCCUCAGUCCUGGUUCAACAGUGGCAGCAUUUGCAUGAGGGUGGAGAUCCUUGGGUGCCCCUUGCCAGACCCAAAUAAUUACUACCACAGACGCAACGAGGUCAUCACAACCGACGAGUUGGACUUCACGCAUCACAGCUACAAAGAAAUGAGGCAGCUGAUGAAGGUGGUGAAUGAGAUGUGCCCCAACAUCACUCGUAUCUACAACAUCGGCAAAAGCCACAGCGGCCUCAAACUGUACGCCAUCGAGAUUUCCGACAACCCAGGCGAGCAUGAAGCAGGUGAGCCGGAAUUCCGCUACACGGCCGGUUCCCACGGUAACGAGGUGCUGGGUCGAGAGCUGCUCCUCCUGCUGAUGCAGUUCAUGUGCGUGGAGUAUCUGUCAGGCAACCGGCGCAUCCGGCACCUGGUGGACGAGACCAGGAUCCACCUGCUGCCGUCUGUCAACCCCGAUGGGUACGAGAAAGCCUUUCAAGUGGGUUCCGAGCUCAGCGGCUGGUCUCUGGGCCGAUGGAGCAACGACGGCAUAGACAUCCACCACAACUUCCCCGACCUCAACUCCAUACUGUGGGAGGCCGAGGACAAGAAGUGGAUCCCCCGCCGCAUGGCCAACCACUACGUGACCGUCCCCGAGUGGUACCAGACCCAAAACGCCUCAGUUGCCAUGGAGACGCGCGCUCUAAUCGCCUGGAUGGAGAAGAUUCCCUUCGUGCUGGGCGGCAACCUCCAGGGGGGCGAGCUGGUGGUGACCUUCCCUUACGACAAGACCCGCUCACAGGGUGCAACGCGGGAGCCGACGCCCACACCGGACGACCAUGUGUUCCGCUGGCUGGCCUUCGCCUACGCCUCCACCCACCGCCUCAUGACUGCCGCCAACCGCCGGGUGUGCCACACGGAGGACUUCGCCAAGGAGGACGGCACCAUCAACGGGGCGUCCUGGCACACAGCAGCAGGCAGCAUGAACGACUUCAGCUAUCUGCACACCAACUGCUUUGAGCUGUCGAUGUACGUGGGCUGUGACAAAUUCCCUCACGAGAGCGAGCUGCCGGAAGAGUGGGAGAACAAUCGCGAGUCUCUUCUCGUCUUCAUGGAGCAGGUGCAUCGUGGGAUCAAAGGUAUGGUGAAGGACCUGCAAGGCCAAGGAAUCGCCAACGCCAGCAUCGCUGUGGAAGGCAUCAGCCACGACAUUCGCACAGCGGCUGACGGGGACUACUGGCGCCUGCUGAACCCGGGGGAGUACCGCGUGACAGCGAGGGCGGAGGGCUACAGCAUGGUGAGCAAGAAGUGCGAGGUGGGCUAUGAGAUGGGGGCCACCAGGUGCGACUUCACGCUGGGCCGCACCAACCUGUCCAGAAUCCGAGAGAUCAUGGAGAGAUUCAACAAGCAGGCCGGUGUUAAAACGCCCCCCAGGCCGCUGCAAGCUCGGCGGUCCAGAGAGAGACGACUGGGCACUUAAGGGAGAUUUGGGAAGAACUCUCGAGGGGGGGACUGUGUUAGAUUUAGGACACGUUCUUGUUUAAAAAUCAUCUCAACGUACAAAGUAAAUGGGCGACUAGUGAAAUGUAGUAUGUAACGUACACAUCAUUGCUCGUCAUCACAUAAACUAUAAUUCCAACAUCUUUUUAUGUAAAUAAAAUAAAGAGUCAUAUAAAGCAGGGCGUGGACUCUGCCUGAGCACCUAACUUCAACUCAUUAUGUUCAUGACUUGUUAACUUAUGUAAACCACUACAACAAUGCGACGCAACACAACUCUUGACUCUUUACUCUUUAUUGUGUCAUUGCUGUGAACAGUUAUAUACGCACAUCGCUUUAUGAAAUAAAGUCUAAUUACUCGAAAAUGCCGCCCCUUUUGGACUAUUUUCCCCUUAACAACAAAUGCUCUAAUUCUAAUGACACUUAGUAGAGUGUGGACCUCCACCAAGGCCACACAAUCCUAACUUGGCUCAUCAAUACAAGCCUUGCAAGAUUUGCAUCAAAUUUUCAUAUGUUUUUCCUUUAGCCAUGCCAUGUGCAGUUAUGUGGAAAUUCAUGUGGUAGUUUUACUGCAAUCUUGCUAAAUAGUAAACAAAAACAAUGCCCUGCAAAUUGAAUCACAUCUUGCCUAUAUGGGAAUGAAAGUGAAAAAAGUCUCCUGCACGUGUACCUUUAUCCAAAUUUGCACCGAAUUGUAUUAUGUUUUUUCCUUCAGCCAUGCCCCACCCCUGUGCAAAGUUUCAUGGAAAUUGGUUUGGGAAGUUUAGCACAAUGCUGCUAAAAAGACAAACAAAAUGUCUGCUAAUUGAAACGUAUUUUUCCUCUGGGAAUGAAAAACAUCUCCCGCACUUGCACCUUUAUCCAGAUCUGCACCAAAUUGUCAUAUGUUUUGCCUUCAGCCAUGCCCCAACCCCUCGAUGAAGUUUCAUGUAAAUCGGUGUAGCAGUUUUUGAGCAAUCCUGCUAAAUGGCAAACAAAAACAAUCCCGUCAAAAUUGAAUCUUAUCUUGCCUAUAUGUGAACAAAAGUUUUAAAAAAUGUCUCCUGAAUGUGCACCUUUAUCCAGAUUUGCACCAAAUUGUAAUAUGUCUUUCUGUCAGCCAUGCCACGUCACUGUGCAAAGUUGAAUGGAAAUCAGUUUGGAAACUUUAGCAUAAUGCUGCUAAAAAUACCAAACGAAAUGUCUGCUAAUUGAAUGCUACCUUGCCUAUGGGAAAAAAGUGAAAAACAUUUCUUGCACUUGCACCUUUAAACAGAUCUGCACCAAAUUUGAAUAUGUUUUAUCUUGAUCCAUGCCCCACCCCUGUGCCAAGUUUCAUGGAAAUUGGUUUGGUAGUUUUAGUGCAACCCAGCUAAAUAGCAAACAAAAAUAAAAGCCUUGAAAAUUAAAUCUUAUUUAAGUAAAAAGUCACCUUUAUCCAGAUUUGAACCAAAUUUUGAUAUGUUUUUCCGUCAGCCAUGCCCCACCCCUGUGCAAAGUUUCACAGAAAUGGGCUCGAUGCCUUGAAAAUUGAAUCAUAUCUUGCCUAUAUGUGAACAAAAGUGGAAAACAGUCUUCUGCAUGUGCACCUUUAUCCAAAUUUUUCUCACAUUUUAGCCAUUCCCUGUGCACAGUUUCAUGGACAUCAGUUUGGGAAUUUUAACAUAACGCUGCUAAAAAGACAAACAGAAGGUCUACUAAUUGAAUCCUAUCUUGCCUAUGGGAACACAAGUGAAACACAUCUCCUGCACUUGCACCUUCAUCCAGAUCUGCACCAACUUCCUUCCGUCAUGUUUUGCCUUCAGCCGAGCCCCACCCAGUUUCAUGUAAAUUGGUUCGGUAGUUUUUGCACAAUCCCAUUAAUAGCAAACACAUACAGUACAAUGCCUUGCCAAUGUUCAUUUCCAAUUAACAUUAACAUCAGUUUGCUAAUAAAGUACAAAUAUUUUUACUCAUGUCAAAAUAUAUCAUUGAUUGGUCAACUACAUAUUUUGAAUGGAUGUGAUGAGAAAAGCAGGACUUCUGGUGAAGGUGUCCACUUCUCACUUUAGCUGGUGUAGUUCAGCGGCUAUUCAUGUGCUCCAACUCGCUCCCCGAGGUGUCAAGGUGUCAAUACCACCCACGCUGAGGUGUUUCUAAUAUUUUGGUCGCUUUGUUUAGCUACACGAGAGGAAGCAAAAUAUUAGAAACAGCUCUCAGAGUGACGCAGCGCGCCACAAACUGCACGCAGAGUUGUUAAACACAAGGGAUGGUUCCUAAUGAAAUGACUGUGUGCAUUGUUACACAUGAUGUUCUCUUUUCUGUUUAAAUCAGGGCUGUUUUUAUUAUUUAGUCACAUCAGUGCUGAGAAAUAGCUAAGUAUGAGCUUCAAGUGUCUUUCCCGCGUAAAUCACACCAGGAUCAGAGGGCUACGUUUACAGUUUAACCACAAAAUCUAAACCCGUCAACAUUUUCAUUACAAUUCUGAUAACCGUCAUCAUCAUUAGCAGCAGCAUUUCGCUGAGGAAGUUUUCAAAGAGGUACUGUCAUAUCAACAUAGCUGAUUUUAAAGCAACACAUUCUCUGACCUAAAAACACACAAAAAUACCAUUUUUAAACACCAAUCGGGAAGAUAAUCACUAACAUUCCCUAAAGAUGUAAAAGCAUCAGCAUCAGCGACAUAGAAAUAGAGAUUGUAGAUCAUGAACAGAGGUAAUAAGGCAUUACUUAAUUCUCCCUAUACAGUAAGUGUGAAUGGAUCGUACUUGACUAAUACCAUAGAACAGCAUUUAAGGCAUUCAUUGUCUUUGUGUGUCGUACAGUACUCCACUUAAACAAACUAGAAUGUAUUCAUUACCACAUAUUCCUCAACAUAAAGCUCAUUUAUUCAUUUAUAUUUACAGGAAGAUACUUUAUUGAUGCCGUGUAAUGUUUAAAAAGUUGUGAUUAAAAAAAAAAGUUGUAAUUUUUUUCAAUAAAAAGUUUGGAUUUUUUUUCAAAGUUGUAAUUUUUGAGGGAAAAAAGUGCUAUUUUUUUUAUUUUGUAAUUAAAUUUUUUAUUUUUUUAUUUUUAAUUUUAUGAUGAUUCUGUCAAACAAUUCCAAGAGUGAAGUGGCAAAUACUUUUGUGGGAUUAAAUUGAAAAUACUACCAAAAAAUGUGCCAAAAUCCAUAAAUGAGACUUGCUUCUGAGGUUGUAAAUUAAUGAGCAAAAAAAAAAAGGUGUGGCAAAAUUCAUCACUCUAUGUGAGUGAUGUCAUAAUGCUAUGGAAAAGGUUUCUAUAAAUCAAAUCAAAUGAAUAAAGAAAUAAAAGCAGC